GAAUACAUAGUGCGCAUGCGUACCAGCUCGGUCCUGCAGAGAGGACUCCAGCAGCUGUUCAGGAGGAACGUCUCUAACUGGCUUUGCAGGUGGCGCCCUGUCGUCUUCACUCACUGUUGUGGAAGUAAACGUGAUGUUUGGGUGUUCUGUCCGCAACUCUUCGGCUCCGGCGCGAUGAAGGACGCUGUAACUGUUAUAACUCGUUGAGGACAGAGGUUACUGGGUUCGCUUGUCGCCAUGGCCUCUUUACUAACCGUCAGCUCGGCGGCUCGGAGCAGCGAGAAGCACCGGACGUCCUUCUCGCUGCUCUUCUACCGGGCUGUGCGGGACCUGAAGCCGGUCUGGAUGCUUGAGGACAUGCGGACGAUGGAGACUUUUUACCAGGAGGAGGACGCCAGCCAGAGGAUUUACACCCCGUCGGAGGCGUUGCUCUAUGCUAUAGUUCACGACCACCAGGCGUACGCCCAGUACCUGCUCAGCCGGUACACCGACCAAGCGCUAGCAAAGCCCGGGGAGCGCUUCUGCUGCUGCCCGUCCUCGUCCCCGCACCUGGCCAUGGCUGUCCGCUACGACAGGCGCUACAUUCUCGGCCUCAUCUUACAGGAGGCUCGUCGGGUACCCAGCGCGCCCUCUUACACGGACCGAGCCGCAGGUCUUCACGUGGAGGACGGCAGGACCCCUUUACAUCUGGCCUGCGAGCUGCUGCGGCCCGAGGCGGUUAUCAUGCUGCUGGGGAGCGGAGUGUCCCCGCACUGCCAGGACCACAACGGCGCGACCCCGCUGGAUGUCAUUCUGGAGAAACUCAGGGACCCCAAGGAGGUGAAGGGCGGGGAGAGGAGGCGGUGUCUGGACACCCUGCUCAUGUUCAUGCCAAAGGUUCACUUUAAAAUGAAAGGAGCUCUGGACAGAGAGCCGGAGCGCUGGAGCGAGGUGCUGGGCGAGGAGACCUACAAGUACCUGUCAGGAAGAAGCCCGGCCCCGCUGGUCCUCAUCGCUAUGCAGACUAUCCUGAAGCAGCUGAGCCCUGCGACCUUCCCGGACAGCCUGCACGAGCUGCCCAUCCCCUCCUCCCUCAAACCGCCGGGUCUGCCUGUGACCCAGCGGGACAGGCCGAGGGUGGUGCAGCAUCAGUGACGUUGUGAUGUGCUGCAUGCUCCACUGUAUGAAAACUGAUGUGUUUUAGCAUGGGGUGUGUGGGAGAGCCUGUAUAGCCAUAAAGCGGUAACACUUUACAUUAUAGGGCUGCACAAAUAAACACUGUCAGGGAACAAAUGGAUGAAUCUCAUCUAAAGAUAAAGAUGUGACUUUUAUCAUGGUGUUAGCCCGCUGGUGGAACUGGUUAGAAGGGUAGCCAGCAGUGGGGAGACUAGGAAAUAAACAGCCAUAUUCUUUUUACAGGCAUUCAAGAACUAAUAAUGAAUUUAUUUGUCUAACCUCAUUCUAAAGUGUUACUUCUACUACUGCUAUUUAAGCUACUGUGUAAUAGGCUAUAAGAGGAGUUGACCAACCCGGUGACAGUUUGAAUGAACUGUUUUAUGGCUGAUGUUAAUUUAUUUGGCUUGUAUUUAACAGUAAUGCAGAGGAAAGUGAUCUUAUAGAUCAUGUGAUGACUUUUCUGGCUUUCUUGACUCCAUGGAUUUGUUAAUGUCUGCUGUUCUUUAUCACCUGACCUACAAUGUCUCCACAAGAAAUGACUAACGAUGGCAGACAGCAACCACGGGGACAUAGUGUUGAGUACGAAAGUUUAUUCUUAACUUUGGAGUUUGACAAAAAAAAUUUAAGCCUUACCCCAAGGUCCAGCCUUUUUUUCCUGAACCUUCUGCCAUACCCUCAGUCUGACAGCUGAGCUAACAGCCUAGUCUUUAGAAGGUUUUACUUUAAAUUUGUAGUGCAUCAUAAUCCUAAUAAUUUCAACUUCUCGAAAGCUUCCUGGAACGAAUGAUGUAAAUCUGUACCAACUAUUGCAUAAAUAGUGACACAUUUCUGUAACAGUUAUUAGAAUAGGUUUAGUUAGCCCAAGUAAAUGUAAACAAGUGCUGGAUUAACCCACGAGGGGGGGGGCCCAGGGCAAACGGGCUGUGGACCCCACUUGACCUCUCUCCCACUUUCUAUGCAUUGUGUUUGUAGUGCUCAGUAAUUUGGCCCCCAGGCGGAUCAGUGGACAGAUGGCCACUGUGCCCGGUUGGUUAUCCAGCCUUGCUGUAAAUACAUUUGUACAUUCUUGCUGACCUGCCAUGCACUGACUAAAUGCCUCUCUGGGUAACACACGCUUGGUAUUUAAUUGGUUUGACUGAUAUUAUUCAUAGAAGGUGUACUGCUAUAUUAUCAGGAGACUUCCCAGGAAUGAGUGUCGAGUGCCUGCCUCACAACAGUACUUACCCCACAUCCCUAACUAAAUAUUUGUUUAACCAGGAGACCGGUGAUUUCCAAAGAAAAAGUUUGACUAAUACAGUGUGAAUAAUGCAUUUACAGGUGAAUAUUAAUUUGAAGUGUAACAGGAAGUGUACCAAAUGUCAAACAGCUCUCUGAUGAGCAGAUAAGAUGGAAUUUAAAGAUCCACAGGGGAAUGAUAAUCAAACUGCUGCACUUUUUACUUAAUAAUCAUUAACUAUUAAAUCAUAUUUAUGAACUUA